AUGCCAGCCGCCGAAGACCGACGGAGGGCGGUGGAAAAGUACCAGCAGGAUAUUUGGUACAGUGCGAGGUACUCUGACGACGAGUUCGAGUACCGUCACGUCAUCCUCCCGAAAGCGCUCGUCAAGUACCUCCCCAAGGACCGCCUCGCCGAGGAAGACGAGUGGCGCAGUUUGGGCGUGCAGCAGAGUCCGGGGUGGUGGCACUACGAGCGACACGCGCCCGAACCGCACAUCAUGCUCUUCAAGCGCGCCAAGGACAAGAACGGCAACUGA